AUGUGGUUAAGCAUAGCUGCAAUACUUGGAAUAGCAUUACUAACAGAAUCUUUUCAAAAAUGUCCCAAUGGUUGUGAUUGUCUCCCGGAUCCACUAGUAGAGUCAUCGUUUUCCUACCUGUGCCGAUGGUCGUCCCUCCCGUCCGACUUCCGGUUUUCAAAUUCGUCUUUGAUGCGAUCUAUUCAAAUUGUCUGUGAAGACAGUUUUGCGCUACCCGAUGGUCUUUUCGGUGCCGUUGGAAGCCUCCAGCAUUUGUCGAUUGAGGCAUGUCGAUCGAGGGAACUUUCCACAGCUCUAUUGUCACCAUUGACCAAUUUGCGAUCACUGAAUCUUCAUGAAAUGGCUUUGGUAGACAAGACGUUCUCAGUAUCAGAUGAGGCGUUAGAGCCGCUGAAACGACUGGAGAAAUUGAGUAUCACUAAUUCGCAUCUUCUUCACUUACCGGAGAAGCUGCUUUGCAACCUCAAAAAUCUCCAGGUAUUGAACGUAUCAACGAAUUGGAUCUCAAAUCUUCCGUUCGCCGAUGCUUCAUGUGUUGCAAAUCAGCUGAUUAUUGUUGAUUUUUCGUACAAUCGUCUGGAAAGUCUCGGAGCAGAGCUCCAUGUGCUGCCAUCGGUCCGACAGCUUUCGCUGUCGCAUAAUCGACUGUCAUCAAUAGAAAAGGACUCGUUGCUGAAAUGCCCGUUACUGCAACAACUUGAGCUGAAUAAUAAUUUCUUGGAGGAUAUUCAAAGCCUUCCAGGCUUUCCCUUCACGGUUGUUCGAAAAUUCAACGGCUUCAAUGGUGCAUCUUCAUCUAGAAAACAAUAUGAUCACGGAUUUGAAGCCGUUCGAGCUGGUGAACUUUACUCGUCUUCAAACGGUCAAGUUGCCAGUCUCCAGCAGCGAAAACCUGUAAUUAGCGCAAAAUGCGUCAUUGAGAUGGUUGCAGGGUGGCAAAUUAUUCUGACACCUCUAUUAGACUGGUCAUCUGAGAUGCUGAAUCUGGUCUCGAACCGCCUCGAACGACUUCGAGAUGAUGUGUUCGCUGCGCUUCAUGAAUUGUCAUCUCUUGGACUGGCGAAUAAUUCUAUCGAGCUGUUGGAGCCGGCUGUCUUCGCGGACCUGGCUAUUGGAGAAAUCGAUCUAUCACACAAUCGUCUCACGGAAGUUCCUAUUGCAAUCGCUCGUUUAUUUAAACUGAAGAAGAUCGAUCUUAGUCACAACAAAAUCAAAAAAUUGCCCCAGUUCGUGUUCAACAAGAUCUCACAUCUUCACAACAUCGACCUCAACCAUAACGAGUUGUCAUCGGUGAGUAUUCGCGCGAGAAAAAUGCAAAUUCGAUUAGCAAGUUUGGCAGACGCUCUGGCCCAGGCAUCCGCGGUGCGACGCCUCGAUGUGUCUAGGAACCAUCUCGAGCUACUGCAAUGGAGCGAACUUCCUCCGCGUUUGGAACAUCUCAUUGCAGACUCGAACAUAAUCACUCUUUUGGGAGCUGCACUGAAGUCCAAAGUUCGAACUGUGUCGUUGCGUGGGAAUCGAAUUGAACAACUAUCAGCUGAUCAGAUUCCGGACACGAUCGAGACGUUAGAUCUGACGGCAAAUCGCAUUCAGCACGUUGCUCCAGCGACGUUCGCUUCAAAAACGGCAAUGCGGUCACUUGAUCUCAGUGAUAAUCAUCUGACAGAGCUGUCUGAAGAAUCAGUUGUAGCUGAUGGAGUGCACAGCAUAGACGUAAAGAGAAAGGUGAAUGUCGUUGGCAUGUCAGAAACGCUUUGCAUGCACCCCGUAAAUGGCAAGGUGAUUGCAUUGGACGCCGUUGAUACAAAAGAUCUCCUCUGCAACUACUCCCAGAUACUGCCACAACAAAUGACCUCAGGAAUGUCACAAGCACUGAUGUCGUCAGGAGUGCGGUCGUUGUCGUUGUCAGGAAAUGCGUUCCGUUGCGAUUGCAACAUGGAUCGUGUGCGUUGUGUGGAAAAUAUCACGGAAGCUUUUCGAAACAACGACACCACUGUGCUUUCCGCUUAUCCACCAAACGUGGGAAACGACAUUUUCACGAUGACCAUGGACGGUGAGUAUUUGAUGUACUUGGAAUCAUUAGAGCGAUACAAAGCCUCUUCGUCGCUGAACUGCUCAUCAACACCAGGAUCUUCUCCACUGCCGAUUCCAUUGUUGAAUUUUGACGCUUUUGUGAGCUAUUCCAAGAAAGAUGAGAAAAUACCGCUAGAGGAUGAAGAAUAUGCACUGUGCCUCUUGCACCGUGAUGGUCCAGCCUACAAUUCCCGACUUCAUGCCAUCUCCGAUGAACUCAUCUCGCAGAUGGAAGCCGCACAGUGCCUAGUCAUUGUACUGACGAAGAACUUUUUGGAAAGCGAGUGGAAAACUCUACAAGUGAAGACAUCGCAUCAACUGUUCGCAAAGAAUCGGGGGAAACGUGUGAUCGCGAUAUUGGGAGAAGGAGUCGAUCAGAAUCUGCUAGAUGAAGAACUCGGUCAAAUUCUGCGAAAAAACACCUGUAUCCGUCAGAAGGAUCACCUGUUCUGGCAAUUACUGCACAGCGCGCUGCCUACCCGGCUGGCAUCCCUGCCGGGGAGUGGCGAUGAUGGCUCACAGAUCUACUCGGAUAUGUACGGUAUAGUGCCGUCGGCUGUAAUUUGA